AUGCUCAAAGUUAGCUUUUUAACUGUCUGGUUAUUUCACUGUAUACUGCCAGCGUUUCAAGAGAAAUAUAACGUUAUAAUUAUACCAGUACAGAAACAACAAAAAAUUCCAAUAAGAACAAAUAAAUUACUCGACUGGAGUGCACCAAAAAGAUUAGUAUUCAAAAACCCAUUCAGAAACGGCGAUUAUUAUAAACUCGACAUAGAGGACUAUGAGGAACCGACAGAAUCGCCUGAUAUCGAUAAUUUCGAUUAUAUAAAAGUACGAGACGAUUAUCUAAAGGGGGCUGACGAUUAUUUAAAGAGAGGUGAUGAUUAUAUAGACAGAGAUGAUGAAUAUGAUGAGAUAAAAUCGAAUUAUGGCGAAGAUAAGAUCGUCGGUGGAUACGAGGUUGAUAUCAAUUUGUAUCCGUAUCAUGUGGCGUACGGCUCUAACUGCGGUGGAGCUAUUAUUGAUAAGAAAUGGGUGAUUACUGCUGGACAUUGUGGCAAGAAGCCAUACAUAAGAGCAGGAUCAAAGUAUUUGAACCAGGGUAGAAAAGUGGGGGUGAAACAGAACCAUAUCCACCCCAAUUGGGGGACGAAGCACAAGGAGCACCCGUUCGAUUACGACUUCCAACUCCUGGAGCUGAAUGAGAAUUUAAGGUUUGAUGAGAACAUUCAACCCGUGAAGAUAGCUCAUAUUGAAGAUAUGGUAAUUGGGAAGGUGGUCACGGUUACUGGAUGGGGGAAUACAGAGGAAAAUGGUCCAUAUUCCAACGUGCUCAGGGCUGUGCGGGUGCCUAUAAUAUCCAAGGAGAACUGUCAAAAUGUACCUUUCCCCUACUUUAGGGGUGCGCUAACUACUAGAAUGUUCUGUGCCGGCUUCUCUGAAGGGAAGAAAGACGCUUGUCAGGGUGACUCCGGUGGACCUGCAGUGGCUCACGAUAGGAUCUUAGGCAUGGUGUCCUUCGGGUAUGGUUGCGCCACCCCUGGUUCUUACGGCGUGUACAGCAAGGUCGCCAAGGUGAGGCCAUGGAUAGAGCAGACCACCAAACUGAUGUUUGAUUAA